AUGGCGUCGGAUACCCAGAGCGCGUCGUGGCACCCUGCCUUGAUGCCAAACUUUCACGAAGAUACUCCUGCACCUCGACAUAACGAUAAUGAACCCCAAGUACAGCAGGAGCAAGAACCAGAACUACCAGUAGAACAGGCGCAGCCAGAAACAAUUGCAGAUGCGCCGAGCCACAUGAUACCGCCUGAGACUACCUCUACAGAACCCGAAAGUGCAGAUAACGGCGCAUUCCUCGAUCAGUUUGCUGGCGAUGACCCCGAUGCUGGCGGUUGGGAUCUUGAUCUUGGAGACACCAAAGCUGACACGGCAGCUGUGCCGCAAGAUGAGGAUACUGCGAUCCCCGAAGCUGGUGAAAUCGAGGAAGCCCCGACUCAAGCUCCAGAAACGGAAUCGGAACAGGAACCAGAGAUUAGGGUCGAGCCACCUGCGCAAUCUAAUGCAGCAAAGCACUCGAGCACCAUCUCUUUCACACGGACAGUCUCACACGAGGUGAACUUCAACGAUGACGAUGACGAUGAAUGGAAUAUCCAGAGAACCGACACCGACCCCUUCAACUUCAUGGCUCCGAACGAGCGGACAAACUCAUUCCCCCCUGUGCCGCCUGCGGAACACGACGUCCCAGAUUUCUUGGAACAGUCAUCAUCGCCACCCCCAGCAACACAGGCUCAAGAGAUCAUGCAAGAAAUUGAGAAUGAAGCUCAAGAGCCUCAAUCAGCAGGGGAGCCGGACUUCAUGAAGACCUUUGGUGACUCAGAUGUGCAAGAUCAGCAGGGAGAUGCAUCCUUCCCCCUGGGCGGCGACUUAAUUGGCGCUGAAGAGGCUGCUUCUGACGCUCGUUUUGAGGAGGGCCUACCACUGAUUCCCCAGGAUGAGACGGUACAAAACGAGGAGCCUCAGACAUCAGCUGAAUUUGAUGUUACAUUUGCGGACGACACUGGCAACGAUGACUUUUUCACCCAGAUCCAGGGUGUUGAAGUGCAGGAAGUCGAGGAUCCUUUUGACGGCCCAGCACUACAACGUAAAGAUACAAGCGUUUUCACGAAUAUUGUCUCUGGCGCCGAAGCCUUUGCACCGGAAACGCCAACAAUUCCUGAGACGGAAUAUGUAGAGCCAGAACAUUCCACUUUCCCAGUCCCUGAAGAGACGAACCCCGAACCGACCGAAGUGCCACAAGAUUCCCAGCCCGAGGAACCUGCCGAGUUGGACGCCAAAUGGGCAGCUGCUUUCGGCGAGGAUGAUGAUGACUUUCUCCUAGAGGACUCGAAUACUGAGGAGGGAAAGGAGCUUGAUCCAGCUGCAUUUUUUGGCAGCGAUGAUGAAGGUUUCCUGGAAGAUGAUGCCGAAGAAGACUUGGCACCAAGCACCGCUCACGUGCAGGAACCAGCUCCUUCUCAACCAUCAAGUGCUGCCCCUACCAGCCGAUAUACUCCGGCUGCGUUACCCACGCAGACACAGCCGCUUCUGAAUACAUUCAACUCGACGCCAAGCAUUCCUCAACUACAACAGGCUGUUCCACCUCAGUAUGCUCCUGUGGGUGUACCUCAACCAAUUGCAGGGCCAUAUGGUGCGGCACCGCCGAAACCUGAAGUAUCCAGAGCGCAAAGCUUUGCGGACAAGGCAAAGGGUGGUUAUGCUUCUCCUUAUGAUUUGCCCAUGGAUGUUGUUCGCCCUCCGAGACACCGAACAAGUAUGCAACAGCUUCCGCGCGCCAAUACUACUGCUCCGACGAUGCCUCCACCUCAACCUACUCGGUCCACGAGCAUGUAUAGUCAACCGUCUCCAGUUUCCGUAGCUCCGGUUCCAAUUCCAUCGCCACCAUCGUCGAGCGGGUCGAAUCUUCCAACCCAAGGCUUGAAGCCGGCACCGAAGCUGACGUCCAAGUCGAGUUUCUUCGAAGAGCUCCCGAUGUCCGCCAAACCCCGGACCGCUUCUCGCCAAAAUAGUUUGACCACUGCGCAACAGACUCCUCAAGGUCCUCCUCAAGGCCCUCCGCAAAUGGCCGCUCAGGCACCAGUGUCGACACCACCGAUAGCAUCCCUGCCACCUCAACCAUCCCCCGCUAUGGCCGGACUGGUAGCCCCUGAACAAAGCAGCCCUUUCAUGCCUCUGCCGAAUGCUGCUCCCCGACCAGGCCCUGCGGCAACAAACCGCUAUUCUCCAGCACCCCCACAGGGAUCUCCCUCAAGUAACAUCGCUCCUCCUGUCGCUGCUACCAGUCGAUAUUCACCUGCUCCCCCAAGUCGAUCAAGUAGCGGAACGUUCCCUCAUGUCCCUCCUCCAAUUCUUGCUCAUCAACCCAGAACGUCGAGUCCCCUGGCUCAGUUUGAAGCGUCACAUGGUCUUGCAGCAAAGCAAGGAAUACAGCCAACUGCCGGCCAAGUGCCGCAUAUUGGCCGAAGUGCUUCGUCCCAGUAUGAGCCUCGUCUCACCCGGGCGCCCUCAUUGCCGACUACAGCAGAGGUUGAUGAAGAUGCUCCACCUUCUGCAAUAAUGCAGUCUCCACAAUCAAUACCAUCAGCAGCACGAUACAGUCCCCAGCAAACGAGGAGCACACCUCCUCCCACGUCUUCACCGGCUGCGAGCACACUAUCUCCUCCGAAGAGAACUAUUUCAAAUUAUGCUCCCAUUCCGCAGCCGUCCAGCCAUCUGCGGGAAGUGAAUUUUGCCCCUCCGCCUAGAUCGCAAACGCAAUCACCCGGUACUGCUUAUGGACGUGUUUCUGCAAAUCCUGCCGAGGCCAUGCCUAGACCUUCAUCCGCUCAAGGCCCCAUCUCGCCCCGUCAAAGUUCCUCGACAGUACCAGCCAACCCGCCAGUCACACGUGCCCGCGGAAUGUCUCAAGUUUUGAGCAUGGUUCCGCCAACUGAUGGCCGCGAACUUGAUCCUUUGCAGAGAUGGAGAGGCGCCCCGACCGUCACGUGGGGUAUGGGCGGUACCGUGGUCACUUCAUUCCCCAAGGAUGUACCACGCUAUGGUAUCUCCCAGGCCCUGCCUAUGAUUGUUCGGAGCCCUGGCGAAGUCAAGCUGCAGCACAUCAAGGAUGUCCACCCGAUUGAGGAGCGGUUAAGCAAGUUCCCCGGGCCUCUGAAAGGGAAAUCCAAGAAGAAGGAAGUACUUGCCUGGCUCUCUAAUGGAAUAGAGACUCUCGAGAAGGAGUCCCCGAAUGUCACUUUCCAGCAAUAUGUCUCACACGAAGACAAACGUGCCAUUGAGAGAAUUUUGUUGUGGAAGAUCUUACGAGUGAUGGUGGAAAAUGAUGGUGUUCUCGAGGGCAAUACGAACGUGGAAAAGGCAGUUCGGCUGGUUCUUUCUCCAGAAUUGAGUAUAACCAACAGCGACGAGCCUGAUUCACCCGUUGUCACCAUGGCAGACCUUCAGGGUGCAGCUCUGGGUGCCUACAACUCACAGUCCGACGCUGUGGACUCUUCCGCUGUAGAACAGAUUCGGAAGCAUCUUCUCUCGGGUGACCGUGAGAAGGCAGCCUGGGCAGCGGUCGACAAGCGCCUUUGGGGCCAUGCCAUGCUCAUUUCGAGCACAGUCCAGGGUGAUCUCUACAAACAGGUCACCCAGGAGUUUAUCAAAAAGGAAGUCAACCACGCCAAUGGCAGCAAUGGAUCGCUUGCUACGCUCUAUGGUGUACUUUCUGGCAACCAUGAAGAAUCAGUUGAUGCAUUGGUGCCCAGUCAUGCCAGAGCAGGCUUACAACUGAUGUCUACCUCGUUGAACUCUAACCAGUCGGCCGAUGCAUUGUCUGGCCUAGACAAAUGGCGCGAGACCUUGGGCAUGGUGUUGAGCAACAGAAGUAACAAUGACAUCGUUGCUAUAACAUCCCUUGGCAACUUGCUCUCGGGCUACGGUCGAGCUGAGGCUGCGCAUAUCUGCUUCCUAUUCGCUCGAAAGCACGCCGUUUUCGGUGGUCUCGAUGACCCGAGCUCCAACUUUGUCCUUGUUGGCGCAGACCACCGGGGUCAAGCUGACCAAUCUGCCAAGGAGACGGAAGCUCUUCUGCUUAGUGAAGUAUAUGAAUUUGGUCUGGCUCUCUCCGGCUCAAGCACACAGCAAAGCUGCCCCCACUUGGCUGCUUACAAGCUGCAGCACGCCAUUACUCUUGCCGAGUAUGGCUUCAGGGACAAGGCGUUGGCAUACUGCGAAUCGAUCAUGAACGCAGUCACGGCACAAACAAAGAGGUCGCCCUAUUACCACCCGGCCUUGAUGUCAGCUGUUGAUGAUCUUAUGGGGAGACUCAAGUUGGCACCAAAGGAAGGUGGGUCUUCGUGGAUCUCAAAACCGACGAUGAAUCAGGUAUCAAACUCCAUGUGGGACAAAUUCAACAAGUUUGUCUCUGGCGACGAUGCCCAGGGUGCUGGCCAAGCAUCUCCUGGAGAGCCCGGAUUGGAAUCGGGACCAUUUGCACGAAUUGGUGGUGGCACGCCAACCAUCAGUCGUUCACCAUCAGUAAACAACUUUGAGACAUUUGGUGGACCUUCUCCUAAUGUUGCGGCGAGCCAAGUAUCUUCACGCUACGCUCCCAACCUGGGCCAGCGUGCGGCUUCCUCAUAUGAACCAAAUUCCACUUACGCCCCAAGAAGCUCUGGGGAAUACCACCGAAGCUCCUUGGAACUGCCCCAGCGAAGCUCACUCGAAUUACCUCGUCCAGCUGCGGAGACCCUUCCACCAAUGUAUGGCGGCUCAUCACUCGAAAGCAACACUGGAUCGACAGGCUACCAGCCUGCCGCUGCCUCUCAAUACACCCCUUUCACGCCAAGCAACGGUCUGCCUGUGACGCCCCAGUCAUCGACCAAUUAUUCCCCUUUCCAACCUGCUGUUGCAUCAGAAGCGUCUGCCAGCCCCUAUUCCCCCUAUCAGCCUGCUUCAGUUCAAGAGCCAGCAACAUCGUACUCUCCCUAUCAACCGGUUGAUGCGCCAGAGCCCGCAGCUAGCAAUACUACGCAGGCUACGGAGGCCAAACCCGAGAUUGCGGUCAACGAUCUCUCCACUACGAAUGGCUACCCGGCGCCAUCUUAUGGUGGGUUCCAGCCGUUGACGGUUGACGAGCCCAGUACUCACUUGGGUGAGGCUGCCGAAAUUACUCCAGCUGCCGAUACUGCAGACAAGGAAGCAGGACAGAGCACAUCCGGCAGUGGUUGGGAAGCCCCUACUUACACACCGUACUCCUACGAGCCACCUACUUCUUCCUACGAACCUGACCCAGAAGGCGGUGAAGAGGCAGAAGAUCAGCCAAAGCCAAAGAAGAAGGGCAUCAUGGACGAUGACGAUGACGACUUCCCUUCAAUGAAAGCUGCUCCAAGUGCCCCACAAGGCAAGUCCAAGGCGGACAAGGACCGGGAGAACGAGGAGAUGUUCCGAAAGGUAGCCGAAGAAGAAGCAAAACGUGCAGCAGAGGCCAAGUCCCAGAAGAAGGGUUGGCUGGGCGGAUGGUUUGGUGGAGGUGGUGCCGCCAAGAAGGAGGCCGAGAUGCCAGCCAACAAGCCAAUCCGCGCAAAGCUUGGAGAAUCAAGCAGUUUCUAUUAUGAUCCUGACCAGAAACGAUGGAUCAACAAGAAGGCUGGCGCAGAAGACACGGCUGCGAAAGCAGCUACGCCACCACCUCCCCGGGCGGCAUCGCGAAAUGGCACGCCGCCGCCUCCAGGAUCCAGCAGCAGUGCUCCACCAAGGAGUGCUGGUACACCUCCCCCACCUAUGGCCGGUCCUCCCAUGGGAAUGCCACGCAGUGUGAGCAACCUCACCAAGAUGGCGUCAAUGGACAACUUGACCCCGCCAGGACCUGCGCUGGGCGGAGCACCGCCAAUGUUGCGUAGUGCUAGCAACAUGAGCAACAUGAGCAACGCAUCGGCAGACAGCAAUGGACCACCGACUCUUGCGCCGCCUGGAAUUUCAAGCGCACCCCCUACACGUCCUUCAACUAGCCUCAGCAAUGCUAGCAGCAUUGAUGACCUCCUAGGAGCAGCAGGGCCACGUAAACCCGGUGGCAAGAAGCCCAGAAAGAGUGGUCGAUAUGUGGAUGUCAUGGCCAAAUAG